AUGGCCGAAAGUGAUGUGCUUUCCCUCACUGAGGCCAGCUUCGAUAAGGCCCUCAAGGCGGACCUGGCUUUGGUUGAGUUCUAUGCUCCAUGGUGUGGUCACUGCAAGGCUCUUGCUCCCGAGUAUGAGACCGCUGCCACCGAGCUCAAGGAAAAGUCUGUCACUCUUGCCAAGGUUGACUGUACCGAGAAUGAAGACUUGUGCCAGAAGUACGAGAUCCGUGGCUACCCCACCCUCAAGGUCUUUAGAAACGGUUCUUUCGUCGAGUACAAGGGUCCCCGUAAGGCCGAUGGUAUUGUUAGCUACAUGACAAAGCAAGCUGCCCCUGCUAUUUCGCCUUUGACUUCUGAGACUUUUGAGCCCUUCAAGACCUCUGACCGUGUCGUUGUCGUCGCCUACACUGACCCCAAGGAUGAAGUCUCCAAGGCCACUCUCUUGGCUGCUGCCGAGAAGCUCCGUGAGGAUUUCUUGUUUGGCUUGGUCACUGAUGAGGCUUUUGCCAAGGAGCAGGAUAUCAAGGAGUUCCCCUCCAUUGUUGUGUACAAGCAGUUCGAUGAAGGUCGUGUUGACAAGGCUGGUGAAUUCAAGGUUGAGGAAAUCGAGGAAUUCGUCAGAGCCAACUCUGUCCCCUUGUUGGCCGAGGUUGAUGCUUCCAACUUCCAGUUCUACGCCGACUCUGGUCUGCCCCUGGCUUACGUGUUCGCCGACUCUGCUGAGAUGUUGAAGCCUUUGGUCGAUGCCGUUUCGCCUGUCGCCAAGAAGUACAAGGGCAAGGUUAACUUUGUCCAUAUCGAUGCCACCAAGUACGGUAGCCACGCUGCCAACCUUGGCUUGAAGGAGAACUGGCCCGCCUUUGCCAUCCAGCACCUCGAUACUGGAGCUAAGUUCCCCCUUGACCAGGAUUUGUCCAUCACCACUGAAUCCAUCGAAAACUUCCUCGACAACUACAUCGAGGGUAAGAUCAAGCCUACCCUCAAGUCUGAGGAGGUUCCUGCCGUCAACGAUGGUCCCGUCAAGGUCGUUGUUGGCACCGAGUUCAAGGACAUUGUUUUGGACAAGUCCAAGGAUGUCUUCCUUGAGGUCUACGCUCCCUGGUGCGGCCACUGCAAGAAGCUCACUCCCAUCUGGGAGACUCUUGGUGACUUGAUCAAGGCUCAGGAUGCUUCUAACAGCGUCGUUAUUGCCAAGAUGGACGGUACCGAGAAUGACUUGCCCGAGGAUGCUGGCUUCACUGUCUCUGGCUUCCCCACCCUUAAGUUCUUCAAGGCCGAGACCAACGAGAUCAUUGACUACAACGGUGACCGUACUCUCGAGGAUCUUGUUCAGUUUGUCAACGAGAACGGUAGCAAGAACCUCUCUAUCAAGACUGAUGAUGUAAAGGAAGAAAAGAAGACUGAGGCCGAGGAGGAGAUUGGUCACGAUGAAUUGUAA